GGUGCGUCCGAGCACCACGUUGAGGGGGCGGGUCCAUUCGAAAACCGCCCGAGCGCUGCACUUUCUAUUGGAUAUACGCCUACGCACCGUACACCACGUCAGUAAGCAGAUUAAUAAUGAGGUCAAAGAGUCGAACACCAAACGGCAAGGCUUCCCAUAACACAGAGAGGGAAUUUGGAGGAACCCUAGGGGCCGUUUGCAUCCCCGUCCUUCUGCCAUUGACGGUGCUUUUCCUGAUUUGCGUCAAUCGAUCUCCCGAUGCAGCUCUCCUCCACUGGCCCCCUCCCGUCCCCUCACUUGACCAACUGUGGAACCCUUUGGCUCCCCUCCUCUUGCUGGGCUGGAUAGCUCUGCAUGCUCUCCUGUAUUUGCUACCAUUAGGAAAGAUAUCUGAGGGAUUAGUGCUUAGGGAUGGAACACGUCUCAAGUAUCCCAUAAACGGUUUUCAUAGCUUGUGCAUCAGCGGCGCAUUGCUGAUGUUGCUUCUGAUGUUCAAGGCUCCUUUGGGGCAUCUGUUCGAGAUGAUGUUGCCUCUGGCUGUGUGUGCAAUAGGAGUGUCCUUCAUGCUCUCUGCCUAUCUCUACUUUUCUUCCUUUUGGGCUCCUCCUCAUGAUCUUGCUUUGGGGGGCAACACAGGAAAUCCACUGUAUGACUUCUUCAUUGGACGGGAGCUGAACCCUCGUAUAGGUCAUUUUGACCUGAAAUAUUUCUGUGAGCUCAGACCAGGUCUGAUUGGCUGGGUGGUCCUAAACUUUGGUAUGCUGAUGAAAGAGGUGGAGCUUCGAGGCUCUCCCUCACUCGCCAUGAUGCUCGUCAACAGUUUUCAGUUGCUGUAUGUGGCUGACGCUCUGUGGAAUGAGGAGGCGGUUUUGACUACGAUGGACAUUGUGCAUGAUGGUUUUGGCUUCAUGCUUGUCUUUGGUGACCUGGCCUGGGUUCCCUUCACAUACAGCCUGCAGGCGGCCUUUCUGGUCGAACAUCCUCAAACACUAAGUCCAAUGGGAGUUGCCGCGAUAAUAACUUUAAACGGUAUUGGCUAUUAUAUUUUCCGAAAAUCCAACUCACAGAAGAAUCAAUUCCGGAGAAGCCCCACACAUCCAAGUGUUUCAAGGCUCGAGACCAUCGCCACGGCAACAGGGAAGCGUUUGCUGGUGUCUGGUUGGUGGGGUCUCGUUCGUCAUCCCAAUUACUUGGGUGAUCUCCUCAUGGCCUUGGCUUGGUCUCUGCCUUGUGGAUUCUCGCAUCUUCUGCCAUACUUCUAUGUGAUAUAUUUCACCGUUUUGCUGAUUCACCGUGAGGCCCGCGACGAGCGACACUGCAGAGCCAAGUAUGGACUUGCAUGGGAAACAUAUUGUCGACGUGUCCCCUACAGGAUCAUCCCUUAUAUUUACUGACUGGUGGACUACAUCCAAAAACGAUUCUAUGGUGCCUUUGUAAUGCACAUGAAUGCGCCGAUUGAAAAAAAACUUCGAGGGGAAAAAUGUUAAAUAAAGAAGCCUCCAUUGGUGUUGUUUGCAUUUAUUUUGAUUCAGAAGCCUUGUCAGGCUCUGAUAAAAGUGCUGCUCUGUGAGCAUUUGUCCUAAUGCUUUAGGUGGCUACAAAUGUUGACGAACUAUUUUAUGUCACAUUUCUGUCAUUUCUGUCAACUCAUGGUUUGAUUUUUUCAAAUAAAUGAAAUGAGUGAAUGCUAUCCUUA